AUGGGAGAUGCAGAAAGAUGUGCUCUUGCGGGUAACAGUCUAGAUCAUACGCAGGAUCCCUGCGUCGACGGCGAAGUGGGAUUGGCGAACAGGCUCGUAGAAUAUAGGACAGGUUUAGGGUGUAAGAUGCACACGUCUUGCGUGGUUUUUUCUGUCUUCGUGUUUCGUGUACAGCAAGUGUCGGUUGAUGCGCGAAAACAUGCGCCGUCCGCGGCUCGUUCGUGGGGGAGGCUAGGCAAUUUGCAAAGUGACUCAAUGAGGGGUACAAUAGGCUACACGUGUGGCCCACUGGCUAGUUUCCUCCCACCGAAUGAGGUUGUGAAUGUAUACGCGUCAAUGACUACAGUCCCCGCUGUCGUGCCGAUAUGCGGCCUCGGAAUGUUUUUUCUGUCGCAAGAUGACGUCCAACCAUUGCCCCGCGUUGUGCUGCGGCUGGAUGAGUGCGACAAAGGCGGUGUCGGCUGGCACAAACUUUACUUUGGGUAUUGUCGACGUAUCCUCUUCGCAUGCACCACGGAUCUACCAUGA